CAGACGGCGCACACAGUGCGGGCGGCAGCGGGCGGGCCACACGGCGGCGGGCGACAUGGCCGUGUCCUGGAGGAGCUGGCUGGCCAACGAGGGGGUGAAGCACCUCUGCCUGCUCAUUUGGCUGUCCUUGAAUGUCCUGCUUUUCUGGAAAACCUUCCUGCUGUACAACCAAGGGCCAGAGUAUUACUACCUCCACCAGAUGCUGGGCGAUUGUGUCUAAGCAGAGCCUCUGCAUCUGUUCUCAACUUCAACUGCAGCCUUAUUCUUCUACCCAUGUGCCGGACACUCCUGGCUUUUCUGCGAGGUUCAAGUAAGAUCCCAAGCAGAAUGACCAGAAGAAUGCUGGAUAAGAGCAGGACUUUUCACAUCACCUGUGGAGUCACCAUUUGUAUUUUCUCAGGUGUACAUGUGGCUGCCCACCUGAUAAAUGCCCUCAACUUCUCAGUGAACUACAGUGAAGAUUUCCUUGAGCUGAAUGCAGCAAGAUAUCGACAUGAGGAUCCUAGAAAACUUCUCUUCACAACUGUUCCUGGCCUGACUGGAGUCUGCAUGGUCCUGGUGCUGUUUCUCAUGGUCACAGCUUCUACUUAUGCAAUAAGAGUUUCCAGCUAUGACAUCUUCUGGUAUACACACAACCUCUUCUUUAUCUUCUACAUGUUGCUGAUGUUGCAUGUGUCAGGAGGACUGUUGAAGUACCAGACUAAUUUAGAUACCCAUCCUCCUGGCUGUAUGAAUCUCAACCGAACUCGAUACCAGGAAGUCUUACUGGGGAACCUCCCACAAUAUUUUCCUGACUCUUCACUGGGAGGGUUUUCCACACUGGAAGAGCCUAAUCAGAACACACUUGUGAAGAUUUGUGUGGAAGAGCCCAGGUUCCAAGCUAACUUUCCACAGACGUGGCUUUGGAUUUCUGGACCUUUGUGCCUCUACUGUGCUGAAAGACUUUAUAGGUGCCUCCGGAGCAAUAAGCCUGUCACCAUUGUCUCUGUUAUUAGUCAUCCCUCAGAUGUCAUAGAAAUUCGAAUGGUCAAAGAAAAUUUUAAAGCAAGACCUGGCCAGUACAUUAUUCUACAUUGUCCGAGUGUGUCUGCAUUAGAAAACCAUCCAUUUACACUAACAAUGUGUCCAACUAAAACCAAAGCAACAUUUGGAGUCCAUCUUAAAAUAGUAGGAGACUGGACAGAACGGUUUCGUGAUUUACUACUGCCUCCACCUAGUCAAGAUUCUGAGAUUCUGCCCUUCAUUCAAUCUAGAAAUUACCCAAAGCUGUACAUUGAUGGUCCAUUUGGAAGUCCAUUUGAGGAAUCACUGAACUAUGAGGUCAGCUUCUGUGUGGCUGGAGGCAUUGGAGUGACUCCAUUUGCAUCAAUACUCAACACACUUAUGGAUGACUGGAAAUCGUACAAGCUUAGAAGACUGUACUUUAUUUGGGUGUGCAGAGACAUCCAGUCCUUCUCCUGGUUUGCAGACUUACUCUGUACAUUGCAUAACAAGUUUUGGCAGGAAAAUAGACCUGACUAUAUCAACAUCCAGCUGUACCUCAGUCAAACAGAUGGGAUACAGAAGAUAAUUGGAGAAAAAUACCACGCACUAAAUUCAAGACUUUUUGUUGGACGUCCUAGAUGGAAGCUUUUGCUUGAUGAAGUAGCAAAAUGUCACAGAGGGAAAACAGUUGGUGUUUUCUGCUGUGGACCCAGUUCCAUUUCCAAGGCUCUUCAUAAAUUGAGUAACGAGAACAACUGCUAUGGUACAAAAUUUGAAUACAAUAAGGAAUCUUUCAGCUGAAAAGCUUGGAGGUGAAGCAGGACUCUAAGGAAGGAAUGUGUGCAAUUUCUAAGACUUGGAAACUCAGCUGAAUCAAACAGCUAUGUGUGCCAAAGAUUAGCAAGGCUGUGUUUAUUUUUUUAUUUAUGAUUAUUUAAAAUGAAAAUGUAGAGAAUGUGUCAAAAUGACAGGUCACAUUUCGUGUUUAAUCUGCAAACCAAAGGCCCUGAAGAAUAUUUGAGGAGAUGAUUCACUUUUCAAUGCUCAAAUUAGAAGAACACGAUUAGAUGCACACUAUUGAUUUUUAUGGCCAAAUCAAGGGCAACCUAGUGAGAAACUGAACAUAAUCUAAAGCUGAUAGCUGUGGACUCCUUAAAAUGUUUUUGGUUGAACAAAUGCAAGAUUGAAUAAAAUUAAAAAUGCAUUGAAACUUAGAUUACAUUUUCUACAUCGAACAUCAACAGAGUAGCUUAAAUUUGGAAAAGCUCCUGGCAUAUGUAUCUGAUAUUUGAAAAUGCAAUACAAGAUUCUGUAUUGAUACGGGUACUUUGUAUCAAUAUCUAAUUUUCCUCACUACUGAUGUAAUACCUCUACUUGAUGUUUGCAGACUGUAUGCUAACUGAAGCUUUUGUAGAUGUCUGUCUUCAGUCUAGGGAAAUCUGCUCUUGCUUGCAAACAUUAGCACUAAUAAUUUAAUAGGCCCAUUUUAUCUCCAGUUUACUUAAUCUACUAUUUUUUAUAGCAAUAAAAUGUCCUUAUUGUAAUUUAUAAAGGAACACGUAUGCCAAUAACUCCUUCUCAUCUUUUAAGCAUUUUGACCUGUUUUUCACAGAUAAAACUUGACUUAGUUUGCAGCCUGUAAGAUGGCUUCGUUUAAUUUGCACAUGAAAUCUAAAAGGAUCACUUAUUAGAGCAAUUCUGAAAUAUAAGACCUCAUUGCUUUGUUCCAUGGUGGUUGAUGAUGGUGAUAUUGAAAGUGUGGCUAUAUUCCUGAAAAGGGACUUGUUGCUUUCAUUCAGAUGAAAGUAGAUAUAUAUUGCUUGUGAUUCAAAUGUUAGUGUAGAUUUAAGAACAUUGCUGUUGCACAGUUUGGUAUUCGGAUGAAUUACUAUGUUUGUAAGUUACUGUUCACACCAUGCCGUCUAAUCAUAUCCCUUUGUUAUCUCUGGCUAGUAUGUUUUUGACUCACUUGAAAAAUCUACUUCACCACCUUAAAAGAAUUAAGGCAUUCAUACAGUUUAGUGAUGUUAUUUAGUAGACAUCUAAUAAUAGUUAUUAAAUAGAACACAUUGCUGAAAUCAGCAGUCUCAUCUGCCUUGCUUUUGUCAAAUUUUUGCAUAUUUUAUAAUAUGGUAGAUGCUACUGUCAUUUAUUUGCUGUGAUUUAUCCAUCAUGCAUGCUCAGCCAUCCAGCACUUAAUGAUCAUAAGCAUAUUUACUUGUAGAUAUUUCUUUAUUUCCUUUGAAGUUUUCCUUCAAAGGUGAGUCAGAAAAAAAAGGAUGGGAAAUGUGCAAUGCUUUUACAAACUUAGCUCUAAAGGCAUAUUUAAUAACCAAUAUAUUUUGGCAAUACAUUCUAGAUUAAAAAGAAUUUUCAUCAAAACACAGAACAAAAUGUACUAGCAAAGAGAAAGUUGAACUUAUCCAGGUCUCUUGUGCAAUACUGAUUCCUUAUUGAUCAUAAUUUAUUUAUAUGAUUAUGUUAAGGCAUCUAAUUUCAGUAAGACAGAAGAGUUUUCAAAAGAAUGCUGAUAAUGCAGAGCAAGUCUCCUGUGCUAGAUGAGCCCCCUUUCAUAUUCUUAAUCCCAGUAUCUUUUCAAACAUCUAAGUGUCAAACAUAUUUAAUUUUUGUUUCAUAUAAGAAAGAAAGAUUUCAUCUGGGAUAUAUAAGAGGGCUUUGUUUGGUUUUGAAUGAUUUUUUCUAUGGGGAAAGUUCUUAUCAUACAUAUCUUAAAUCGUGAAUUUCAGUGGCAAUAAAUAUUAAAAUGAAAAUGGCAUCCUUGAAAUUCAUAUAAGCCCACCUUGCCUUUGCAACAAAUAAAGCAACAAUGAUGGAUCACAA